AUGUUCAUUGAAUCAAGAGAUAUUGACGAUGAUAUUCAAAUGAGUGAAUUUGCUUUACAAAAGAACGUUCCUUUGGAACUUGCUGAUCUAGGUUUACUUGCUACAGUUGGACCACGAAUAAUACAUUUUUAUGAUAAACUAUGUGUAGUCGUUCCUUCAACUGAUAGUGGGAAAAUUCGUGAUAGUAAUAAAAUCAUGCUUAUGAGAGUAUUUAAAUAUACAGCAUACUAUUUACUUUCAGUGUGACAUUAUAUAUAAUACGUAACUUUGAUUCGUAUUCCGUAUCGUUUUAAACAGCUAUUUCGAGAAUUUAUUCUAAUGAAACAUCGGUUAUUCAAACAUUACAAUCUUAUCAUCCAAUAAUUCAUGUGCAAGUAUAUAUACAUAUAUACUUGAAUUAACAUACAAAAUGUUUUAUUUGAUCAUUUAGCUGAAUCAACUCAUUAACUAUCUUGAUCCACGACUUGAAUAUAUUCGUGUCAUUAUCAUUGAAUGAUCAACAAAAUUCUCAAUUUCCAUACCACGCACUGUUUCACCAGAUAAUCAAUAUAGUUCACGUUUACUCAACGCUCGGCGUUGUGAAAACUUCGAUGAUUAAUUCAAAUCUUUUGUUUGGAACUAGAUAUGGAUUUGAAAUUUUCACUAUGGAAAGAGCACUGAAAGAUGUACCGCUCCUAAAAAUUUCAGCUGUCAACAUUAUUGCGUUUGAUCAGAACCGUCCUCUCAAAAACUGUGUUUUUCACAAC